AUGGACAAUACGCCGUUGCGGAGAAAGGAUACAACAAAGGGCCCGCCUCUAAGGGUGCUUUCCUUAGGUGCGCACACUACCCCAGCACAAUGGGUUCUGAAACUAACAUCUAGUCCUUUGUCAGAUGGAGGUGGCGUGCGCGGUUAUUCGAUGCUUAUUUUGCUACAAGAGCUCAUGUAUCGCACAUACGUCGAGUGCGAAGGGAGCGCGCCGCGACGAGACCAGAUCCCCAAGCCAUGCGAUUACUUCGACCUCAUCGUCGGCACGGGCACGGGCGGGCUGAUUGCUAUCAUGUUGGGCCGACUGCGACUGGACCUGGAGACGUGCAAGGAGGUAUAUGUUCGCAUGACGCGGAAAGUCUUUGAAACGGACAAGACGAUAGCGGGCAUCCCGUACCGGUCGACGCUAUUCAAAGCAUCCAAGUUGGAAGAGGCAAUUAGGCAAUGUGUUCGUCAACACACGGUUUAUGAAUCUGAGGGCAAUGAUUUUGGAAAUGCUAGCACCGUCGAAUUCUCGAGUCCCAUACAUUCUGUGCCGCAGCGCACUCUCAGUCGAUCUAGCUUCAGCUCAACCAACACGUCGCGCGCGCCACCGUCGCCUGGGAGCCAGCGGAAUUCAAUGUCUUUUGUUGCCGGCUAUAAUGGCUUUCGGUUCGGGAACCCGGACGCGGCGCUGUACGAUAAUCGCGAUUUUCGCACCAAAACCGCUGUUACUGCUGUGUACAAAGGCUCCAGGGCUAGCACACCGCCUGUCCUCUUACGUUCUUACGAUUCUAGGAGAGAGCCUCCUCCUGAAUUUGAAUGCACCAUCUGGCAGGCUGGCCGCGCUACUUCGGCUACGGGCCUCGCGUUCAAGCCCAUUCAAAUCGGCCAAUACGUAUUUAUUGACGAAGGCGCCGGCACGUUCAAUCCUGCCCCGCAAGUUCUUGACGAAGCCGUCGUGAACGAGUGGCCUGGUCGCGAGCUUGGUGUUUUCGUCAGUAUAGGAACUGGCAAGCGUCCAGCGGGAACAAAUCAUCAGCAGCACGAGUGGUGGGAGGGCUUUUUCGGAGAUGCGUUGGGAACGUUUGCUGAGGCUCGACGACGGCUCAUCGCGAAGAUUGAGGGCUGUGAAGAAAUCCAUCAAAGGAUGCUUUCAGAGCAUCUGGCGAAACGCAACGUGAAGAAAGAGAACUACUAUCGGUUGAAUGUAGAAGUCGGGGUGGGAGAAUUUGGAAUGAACGAGUGGAACCGGCUCGUGGAUAUCAGUACCAACACACGCCGGUACCUCGCCAAACCCGACGUUCAAGGAAUGACUUUGGAGGCUGCAUCGAAACUGGCUAGAAUUGAACGGAUGCAUCGACGGCAGACAUCACACGCAGCAGCAAUGGCCACAUCAGCCGAUAUGCAACAGCCAGCAGCAGCAGAAUCAACGCCUCCUCCAGCUCCUAUCAUUGUACCGCCUCCUUCGAAUCCCAUAGCCAUCGAACUGCCAGCCGACGAAAUCCCAAUUGGACAUCGGCCGCAUCAUUCCCCUCCUCGCGUGUAUGAAGAGAAAAUUGCCAUUAUGGGCCCUGAUGAUCUCGGGCCUCAGUCUCAUCUCACUUCGCCAGAUGGAAGCUCACGGCGCUGGUCUGGGGAACACCUACACAGCACGUCUCCUGGAUCACCACGGCGCAGCGGCGAUUUGGAGGUGAACAUGAAUAUGCCUCCGCCUCUACCACCGAAGACUCCGAUACCGUAUCCGGAUGACGCAGGCAAUGCGGGGAUCGCCAUGCCACUUCCGGGGGCGCCCCGACCUGUGCAGCCUGGGUAUCAUCGGCCACCGUAUCCCGUGGAUGGGCCUCCUGUGGUUGAUAAACUACGGAAGCCUACCUACAACGUACGAUGA